AUGGCUUUUCGCAUUCGAUCAAUCGAUUUAGCACCCGAUCAAGUUUGGUAUCUUCAAUUAGUGUGUCUAAAGAAAGAACUGCUUGUGAUUAAGGAACAAUUGCAAGAUCAAGUCGGCGAACGUCUCACAUGGUUAACAUUCGGUAAUUAUCUUUCUGUUCUUCAUAAACCCGAGCAAGCUUUUGAUUAUUAUCAAUACCUGUUAUACCAUUUGGAUCAAAAACAUCCAGCUCGAGCUUCAAUCAGUAAUAAUAUGGGUGUUGUAUUGGCUCGUAAUAAUCAACAUACUCAAUCUGUUUUUUACUACGAGCAAGCACUCGCUUUGACGAAAGAUGACGAUACAAGAGUCGAUGAUAAAGUGUGCGAUUCGAUAGUAAGUACGAAUCGUUCUGCAUUUGGUCGAAUUCUUGAACAAUAUAAAGAGACAUUGACAGAUUUGAUUGAUCCACUAUCUCAGGAUAUUUGUCGAGAGACUAUAUCAUUCAUUCGUAAAAAACUAUAG